GAUUCCCACUCCAAAUUAGAGAGAUCCAAUUUAAUCAGGGGAAAUUCCCAGGCGGAAAUAUAUUCAAAACCUUUUUAAUUCUUUUGCAUUCGAUGAUAUUCGAAUCACACAUUCUGGAGCUCUUCUCGUUCAAUUAAGAUCAUGGAAGCUCAUCACGCUUCUCUCGGCCGAAAAAAGUUGGAAGAAAUUCGGCUAAAGAAGGCAGCAGAUAGGAAGGGUUCUACAGUCAGUGAGCCUAGGAACUCAAACCCACAUGGGCUCCAGAACAUUGGCAGUGGGAUGGAGGAAAGUGUUUCUUCGAUUACUAACUUGUCUAUUGAGAGAGAAUAUCAAGCUCUAUCAACAUAUGCGAAGCAGUUAGAAUCCAAGGUUGCAGAACAACAAGAGCAUAUUAACGGUUUUGCCUCAAAGCUGGAAAAAUUGGAAAUAGAGCGGAAUUCAUUUGAGAAACAAUUGAGAAAUAUGGAAGGGAAAGAUUUGCCUUUAUUGAAAAAGGCUCUACAGGAUACAUCUAUGGAGAAAGAUGCUGCAAUCACUGCACGGGAGGAUUUGUCAGCACAACUUCGAGCAGUAAAAAGACGCCUCAGGGAAGUAGAGGAAGAACAAUAUAAGGCUGAAGAAGAUGCUGCUGCUCUAAGAGCAGAACUAAAUUUUUUACAACGGCAACAAGAACAACAAAGCAAUACAAUUACAUCAGAUUCUGUUAGCCCUCAACAUUUGAAAGCCAUGGAACAGGAAAUGGCCAAGAUAAAGGUUGAAUUGCAGGAAGCUAUUAGGUCAAGACAACAAGAACAACAAAAGCUAGCUGCAGAGAAAGAUCGUUUUUCUCUCCUUCUGGUAGAGAAACAGCAACUUGAAGAGCAGCUAGUUCUGGCUAGUAAGAAAAUUUCAGAAGCUGCAGCAGAGAAGAUUGGUGAUGCAAUUUCUUCAACAACAGAGUAUCAGAAGCAGGAAAAGGGGAAGCGUGAUCAAGAACUUCAUGAUCUUGCAUUGAUGGUGGAAAGGCUAGAAAGUGGGCGGCAAAAGCUUCUAGCUGAGAUUGAUUCUCAAUCCUUGGAAAUAGAGAGGCUAUUUGUGGAGAAUGAAAACCUCUCAGCUGGCAUGAAAGAUAUGACAAAUGUUGCUGCACAGUGGGAGAGCCAGGUUCAUGAAUGCCUGAAGCAGAAUGCAGAAUUGCGUAGCACACUGGAUGAAUUGCGAACAGAACAUGCAAACACGGGUUCUAACUUUUUUAUGAAUAUUGAGGAUGCUCAAUCAAGGAAAGAAAUCAUCAGUGACGAACCAAAUAGUGUGAGUGAUCAUGGGACAUAUACAACUGAGAACUUGAAACUGAAGGGAGAACUAGCAAGGACACAAACAAAAGCAGAAGCAUUGGCCGCUCAGGUUAUGCAGCUAACAGCUGAACUGAAACAUGCCAUUCAAGCAUACAAUGGCCUUAUUUGGCUAUAUAAGCCUGUCUUAUGGAACAUUGAAAAUCGUCUGUCACAGAUGAAAGCAGACAGCUUUGUUGCAGAAGCUGUGCUAUAAGCUUUUGAUUAACGAGAAUUUGAAGGUAAGUGAAAUUGAUCUAUGUAAUUCAGCCAGAAUUGUUUUUGAACAGAGUCCAUAAAAGUGCCAUUAAGAUGGCAUUUGGUAAAUUUGAAGAUGGGAGAGAUUCAAAUACACAAUGCCCUGUCUGUCUUUAGGACACAUUCUUCUCCAACUAUGCAUAAGAAACGAAUUGUGAGACACAUUUGUGCCUUGAUCAAUCCAAACUAACUAUAUAAGGAAGCUUCAAUUAAGUCAUGCUCGUUUGACAUCAAGAAAUCUCUAAUCCAGUUAUCAGCUAUCUUUAUUUUAUGUUGAAAGACCAGUUUAAGGAUGAACUUCUAUGAAGGAAUCUUUGCUUUUGUUGCCAAUUGCCUCUUGUAUAUCAGUUUUGGAUGCCAGUAGUUAACAGUUCAGACUGUUUCCUACUCCGGACUUUUGUAUUAUCCAUUAUUACAAACACUAAAGCUUAAGCAGAAAUUUUGGGGAACUACAAAUAGUUGAUCUUUAGCAGAAAUUCUGGGACCAAAUUGAUGCCCAAAGGAAAAAUCUGUAUUUUCCUACUUUGAUUGUAAUUGUUUAUUCUUUGGUCCUUCAAAUCACAAUCUGUUUCUGAAAAAUAAUCCAGAAGAAAAUGGUCUAAAAUGUGUGGGAUUUUUGUGGCCCUCAUUUAUUGACAGAUGCUUUCUUUUCA